CAAACCUCCCAGUCUCCUUCCCUAUUAGAUAAUAAAACUCAAACUCUUUCUCUGUCUAAGCCAGAUUCCCUCUCAUCGUCAUCAACUAUGAAGAAACUAUACCGCAAAGGCACGGUUCAUCCUUCUCCGCCAAUAAUAUCCGAUCACCUGUCCUUUCUUCCCGCCACAAUACUCACCCUCACGGCGGCUCUUUCUCCUGAAGACAGAGAGGUUUUAGCUUAUCUCAUCUCUUGCUCCAACCACAACAUCUGCGUCGUCAACAACUCUCAGAGUCAGAGAAAAAACAACAACACCCAGAAGACUGCGAGUGCUUCGCUCGGUAAAAGUAAAAGUAAUAGUAGUAAUAGUAACGAUCAUCCUCCUUUUUUCAACUGCGAUUGUUUUAGAUGUUAUAUGAGUUACUGGGUCAGGUGGGACGCGUCGCCUAAUCGCCAACUGAUACACGAGAUCAUCGACGCUUUUGAAGAUGAUUUGUUGCGCGAUAACAAGAAGGUUAAAAGCAACAAGAAGGAUAAGAAAAAGAAAGGUGGUGGGAAUUAUAAUAACGAUAACUCGGGUGAGUUAAAACGGCCGCCGAGUAGUGAUCGUCAGUUGAGUUUGGGAAAGGACCAGUCAGCUGAGUCAGAGUAUUCGGAAGAAACGAGUUGUAAAGAUGGUGAAAAGGGUUUUGAUGGCCACCAUGAUGAAGAAGGAGAAGAGAGAGGUUCAGUGAAGCGCUUCGUUAGUUUUAUUGGAGAAAAGAUAUGGGGUGUUUGGGGAUAAUCUUGAAGCUUGCAAGAUUAAAGAGGUGGGUUUAGUUUAAUUCUAGUUUUAAUUUGUU